AUGGCGGCCAGCAGCGGCAGUUCAGAGAGCUCUGUGAGGAAAAGACGUGUCGACAGCAGAAAGACAGAGCCAGAGUCCGCUGACAGCUGUAGACAACAUGGAGCAGACACCAGCAAAGACACAGAGACCGGAAAGAGACCCGAGUCUCUACGGACCGGGACUUACUGGCUCACCCGGAUCGUGCUGCUGCGCUCCGUCGCCUUUAUUUACUUGGUGGCGUUCGGCGUUGCUUACAACCAGAACAAGCAACUGAUCGGUGAGCACGGUCUGAUGCCCUGCAAGAACUACCUCAACAGUGUCAAGCGCUACGUCGGGGGAAAGAUAGGCCUGGCCGCCUUGGCCUACACGCCGUCCAUCCUCUGGUUCUUGGACUGGGGCGACAUGGACGCCAACCUGGACGGCAUCGCCCUGGUGGGGAUGGCUCUGUCGGCGUUCGUGCUGGUGACAGGAAUGGCCAAUAUGAUGAUCAUGGCGACGCUGUGGCUGCUUUACCACUCGCUGGUCAACGUGGGGCAGCUGUGGUAUUCCUUCGGUUGGGAGAGCCAGCUGCUGGAGACGGGCUUCCUGGCCAUUUUCUUGUGUCCAGUUUGGACUCUGUCCCAGGUCCCCCGCCGCUGCCCCCCCUCACUCAUUUGCAUCUGGACCUUCAGGUGGCUCAUUGUCCGCAUCAUGCUGGGAGCUGGUCUCAUUAAAAUCAGAGGGGACAAAUGCUGGAGAGACCUCACCUGCAUGGACUACCACUACGAGACCCAGCCGGUUCCUAACCCCAUGUCCUACUACAUGCACCGGUCCCCAUGGUGGUUCCAUCGCUUCGAGACAUUGUCCAACCACUUCAUUGAACUCAUCGUCCCGUUCUUCACCUUCCUGGGCAGGCGGAUGUGCAUGGUCAACGGGGCACUCCAGAUCCUGUUCCAGAUGGUUCUGAUAGUGAGUGGGAACCUCAGUUUCCUCAACUGGCUGACCAUUGUUCCCAGCCUUGCGUGUUUUGACGACGCAUCCCUCGGCUUCUUGUUUCGCUCUGGAGGGGGAGCCAAGAAGGCAGCGCUGGAGAUACAGAAUGAGGAUGCAGCUGGACGCACCCAAAGCCCCACCAAAGGUAUAUUGAUACGUCGGGUGGUGAACAUUUCUCUGGGCGUUCUGAUUGGCUAUCUGAGCAUUCCCGUGGUGAUGAACUUGUUCAGCCCCAGGCAGGUGAUGAACACCUCCUUUGACCCACUGCGCAUCGUCAACACCUACGGGGCCUUCGGCAGCAUCACCAAGGAGCGUACAGAGGUGAUUUUCCAGGGCACUCUAAGUCCUGACCCCAAGGACCCUCAGGCAGUUUGGGAGGAGUACCAGUUCCUGUGUAAGCCAGGGGAUGUUUACCGGAGACCGUGCCUCAUAUCACCGUACCAUUACCGGCUGGACUGGCUCAUGUGGUUCGCCGCCUUCCAGACCUACGAGCAGAGUGAGUGGGUGAUCCACAUAGCAGGACGUCUGCUCUCCAACGACAGCACAGUCCUCUCCUUGCUCGACCACAACCCUUUCCGAGGCAGAGACCCCCCCAGGUGGGUGCGAGGAGAACAUUUCAAGUACAAGUUCAGCCAGCCCGGCACUGCCAGUGCAGCGCAGGGGAAGUGGUGGCUGAGAAAACGCAUCGGAGCCUAUUUCCCUCCAGUGGACCUGGAAGGACUCAGGGGCUACUUCCAGUCCAGGAACUGGCCCCACCCACAUAUACCACCAAACAGGAACUAAAGACACGACCUCAGGCAACAGCACCCAAAGGAAAUCAGGGAACUACAGGAGCUGACAUAUGACAGAGGUCAGGUUCAGCGGGACACAGCCGGUGUUGAAUGAGUGUUACAAGGAAGGACCAAAGAUGCCAUCAGGUUUUCCAGAUAUAAAGGUUUCAUGAAGAACUGCUUAAUAAAACCUUUCCUAAAAUCAAACAUCCUGACAUUUAUUACCAGACAUUGUGAUGACUUUUCAAGAUUUCAUUUAGGGAUCUAUCUUCAGUGAUCACAAAUAAGGUGUUUAGUUACUGCAGCAUUGAAUGUUAAAAAAAAUAAAAAACAACCUCAGAGAAUGCCAAAUUUCAGUAUUAAAACAGAUCUACCAUCAGUGUCUAGAUACAUUGAUCAGCAGUAGUUGUUGCUCUGUUUUUCUUUCCAUCUCAUUCA